AUGGCCGUCUCCAAGACGAACGACGCGAGCAGCCAGGACGAGUUCCAGGCGGCCAAGUCCGGGACAAGCCCUGUAAAGUCGUUCCUAUCCGGCGGCUUUGGAGGCGUCGCCGCCGUUCUCGUCGGACACCCCUUCGACCUGACCAAAACCAGGCUGCAGACCGCCGCAGAAGGGACCUACACUGGCGGAAUCGACGUUGUCAAAAAGACACUCGCCAAGGAUGGCAUCCGAGGGAUGUACCGCGGCAUGCUCCCGCCGCUGCUGGGAGUGACGCCGAUCUUUGCGCUCUCCUUCUGGUCGUACGACAUGGGCAAGAAGGUGGUCUACGCGCUGACGCCCAAGCGCACUGACCCGCAACUCUCCUUGCCAGAGCUAGCUUUUGCCGGCUUCUUCUCCGCCGUACCCACCACACUCAUCGCCGGGCCCGCCGAGCGCGUCAAGGUGCUGCUCCAGCUGCAGGGGCAGGGCGCCAGCGCCGCCGGUCCCAAGUACAAUGGCCCCAUCGAUGUUGUGCGCCAGCUGUACAAGGAGGGAGGCCUCAAGUCAAUCUGGCGCGGGUCCGGCGCCACCCUUGCCCGAGACGGCCCCGGGUCUGCCGCCUACUUUUGCGCGUACGAAACCGUCAAGAAACUCCUCGCACCCGCUGGUGCCGACCCGGCGCAGCUGAACAUGCUCAACGUGAUCACCGCCGGCGGCCUGGCCGGCAUGGCCAUGUGGUCGCUCGCGAUUCCGCCAGACGUGAUCAAGUCACGCUACCAGGGCGCCCCGCAUGGCACAUACACCGGCUUCCUCGACUGCGCGCAGAAGACUGUCGCAAAGGAAGGCGUCAAGGCGCUCUUCAAGGGAUUCGGACCAGCCAUGGCGCGCGCGUUCCCCGCCAAUGCCGCCACAUUUGUCGGCGUAGAGUACUCGCUUCAGCUCAUGAACCAGCUGUGGUGA